AUGUCAUCAAUAAACGAGAGAGAUGGGACCGAAUCGCUGAAAUCGAUAAAUAUUUUGGAAGGAAGUGGUAAUGGUACAGAUAGUAUGUUGGAGGAUAUUUUAUUGAAUUAUGCGAAUGAAGGUAAUAGUAAUGAAGAAGAGGGAAAUGGUGAUGAUGAAGAGGCUGUUACUCCGGCCGAGGUACUCGCCGAGUUGACGAUUGCCUGGCAGAACGAACUGUGUGCACCGGCGCUGUUACCGCAUAGAUUGGAUUUAAUUGGAGCAAUGGUAUUAUCAACGGAAGGUAUGGAAGAGAACAUAAAUGAUUCCAGAAACGAGGAUCCUCUAAAAAUUUGUGUUCAUAAAAUGGAAAUUCAUCGAAUUGCCUAUAUAAUUAAUGAUUAUUUACGGAAGAGAUUAGAAAAGAUUGAAAAGAAUGCUAUUCGUUGUUUGCAAGAAGAUACACGAAAAAGAAUUAACGAUCGUGAAGAAUUGUUGAGCGAUGAGGAGAGAAAAUUCGCUGAGAAGUAUAUACAAUCAACAUCACAACUUUUGAUGAACUGUGUUUUGGGUCGCCUUCCUGAGCCUCUCCAACAGAUACCGAAUCCUGAACGCGAUCUGUCCGGUGAUCGUGUAUUUGUUCGAGUCCUAGAAGAUGAUCUCGAGGAUGUGACUAUUCCGGAUAAAGCCGAUCCUAAUUCCGAAUCUGUGAAUCAGUUGGAUAAAGAUUCCAUUUAUAUUGUGCCAUAUGAGAGCAUUGCUUCGCAUCUCGCAAAUGACAAAGUUCGCUUAUUAUGA